AGCAAGUAUGGACUGUAGCUGCGUGUCUGACAUCCUCUUGACUCCAUCCAUGCCAGCUCUUUGGACUCCAGGGUUCGCCUUUCCUGAUUGGGCCUAUAAGCCGGAGUCCAGCCCGGGUUCCAGACAGAUCCAGCUCUGGCACUUCAUUCUCGAGCUUCUUCAGAAAGAGGAGUACCACGAUGUCAUCGCCUGGCAAGGCGACUACGGAGAGUUUGUCAUCAAGGACCCCGACGAGGUGGCGCGGCUGUGGGGCAUCCGCAAGUGCAAGCCGCACAUGAACUACGACAAGCUGAGCCGGGCGCUGAGGUACUAUUACAACAAGAGAAUUCUGCACAAGACGAAAGGAAAACGUUUCACCUACAAGUUUAACUUUAGUAAAGUCGUCCUGGUGAACUAUCCUCUGCUGGACAUGGCUAACUCUUCACUGCUGCUGGGGCAGGGCCCCUUCCCCGGGACUCACGCUCAUGACCCCUUCACUCCCGAGGCUCUACAGACCCUCUUCUCUCAGUCCAAUCGCCCCCCACUCUUGGAUCGCCCCCUUUCUGCUCCAGACACUGAAAAAUUGUGCCUAGAAACUGCUUUUCCAUUCCUGGCAUCAGGUUCUGGUUACACUAAGCCUCCAGCCUUGCUGCCCCCAUACAACCGUAACUCGCCAUUUCCCGAAUACCCAUGGGGAUUUAGCCCCUACCUUUCCAGUUCUUUCCCCCUUAGCGGCUCCAAGCUGCCUACCUCCCUCUACCCGCCACAUUUCUACCCUAGCUCGCUGUCCCAGCUUCCUCCCACCAUCUCUCUGCUCCCCGGCGAGUCCAUGGACAGGUCAGCCACCCUCCUGCCAGGAGUGCCACAAAGGCUCUGCGCCAGCCUCGCUUCUCACUCGCUACCACGGAGCGGAGACCAGGCCAGUGCGGGGGCUGCGAGAAGAGACAGGGCCGACCCGCCUGAAGGAAAACAGGAGCCAGAAUCUGACUCAGACUUGGAAAUCACAGAUGUGAGUGACUGUAGUUCGGAGGCGGACGGGUGUGCAUACAGCCCUCCCUGCCCCGGGUCUUCUAUCAGAAGAGGCAAGACGGAGCAGGAACGAACAAAACCAGCAACUGUCUCCAAAACCCCACCAGAGAAAACGGCUGCUCCGCUCAGCUAGGCCUGGAGGGGUCCGGCAACAC